AUGCUGCUUGCAUAUAGCAACAAACCCAUUCCAUUCAAUACUCUGCUUGAUCGAUUUAUUUCCGAAUUAUUGAUAUUGAAUCAGGGAAAGGAAUGUAAAACAGAACAAGGUGUGAUAUAUCGUCUCAAGGCAAGAUUGUUCACCUUUCUAGUAGAUCUUGAUGCGUGUUACGAUUUAUUGUGCAUGACCAAUCAUGCUGGAACUUCAAGUUGUCGAUGGUGUAAAAAGAAUGGUAGAAAGAUUCAAGACCGAACCAUUUACAGCUCGGGUGGAAAUGAACAGGAACGGGUUUGGUCUGAAAUUGUUGCAAAUUACAAAUUAAUGCUAAAGGGAGAGAUUCAACAAUUUGAUGGUGUUAAAGGCUUGUCCAUACUGGUGAGACUACCAUACUUUACAUGGACCACACAGAUUGCUUGUGAUUUGUUACAUAAUUUACUUGAAGGCCUUUGUGCAAAAUUGUUGAACUUUAUCAAAAACAAGUACAAUAUUGAUACUAUUAACAACAAGCUAUAUGAAAUCAAAACACCUUCGUUCUAUCAUCGAAGAGUCCGUGGAUUGGAUGAAUUGAGUUAUUUCAAAGCAAUUGAAUAUUAUAUAAUAUUUUCAUAUUGUAUUGAGGUUUUUCAGGAUGAAAUAUCAGACAAACACUAUCACAUUCUCAAUAGACUUUCUACUUUUAUACGCACCAUCAUGCAUCCAGUAGUGAGAGGCCUUGAAGUUCUAUACAGUAUGAAAAAGGAAAUUUUUGAAAUAUUACAAGCCAUCGAGACAGAUUUUGACAUUAUUAUUUUAACACUGGCUUCACAUACAGUCUUUCAUUUUCCUCUUUCUAUUUUCUAUCUUGGACCUCUAUGGUGUACGAGUACUUUUAUGCUCGAAGAUCUAGCUGGAUCCAUCACUAGCUCUGUUCAAGGAGGAAAGAAUAACAUGGACCACAAAGCACUGGAGAACUUUUCAUUACAUCAAGUCAUUUCCAUGAAACGAGUAAGAACUUUUCAUUUUCAAUUUGAAAAGGGUGAUUAUUUUCAUGCUCAAGAAUUUCUCGUGUUAAAAGUUUAG